GUACCACACACGAGCAGAGGGGGGCGCCGUGGAAAGCCUGUACUUCGCUAAAGAUGUGAAAAUGGCGGAGCUACAAAUGCUUCUGGAAGAGGAGAUUCCAGCGGGACGGAGCGCUCUGCUAGACAGCUUCACCAACUUGGAAAGGGUCGCGGAGUACUGCGAGAGUAACUAUGUCCAGUCACCAGACAAGCAGCGGGCUCUGGAGGAGACCAAGAACUACACCACCCAGUCCCUGGCUAGUGUGGCCUACCUGAUCAACACUCUGGCCAACAAUGUGCUGCAGAUGCUGGACAUCCAAGCCUCCCAGCUUCGCCGCAUGGAGUCCUCCAUCAACCACAUCUCUCAGACGGUGGACAUCCAUAAGGAGAAGGUUGCUCGGAGAGAGAUCGGCAUCCUCACCACCAACAAGAACACGUCUCGCACACACAAAAUCAUUGCCCCUGCCAACCCCGAGAGGCCUGUGAGGUACAUCCGUAAGCCCAUCGACUACAGCCUGCUGGACGACAUGGGCCAUGGGGUCAAGGCCAGUGCUCAGAACAUGAAAGCUGGAGGAAUGCCACGCACCAACCCCCCGACACAGAAGCCCCCAAGCCCCCCACUCACAGGGAAGGGCACACUUGGGCGCCACUCCCCCUAUAGGACGCUCGAGCCGGUGCGUCCUCCCGUCGUACCUAACGACUACGUGUCAAGCCCGACACGCAACAUGGCGCCUCCCCAGCAGAGCCCCGCCCGCACUGCAUCUGUUAAUCAGAGGAAUCGCACGUACAGCAGUGGCAGCAGCGGGGGCAGCCACCCCAGCAGCAGCCGCAGCAGCAGCCGAGAGAACAGCGGCAGUGGCAGUGUGGGGGUCCCCAUCGCUGUGCCCACCCCCGCCCCGCCUGGAGUUUACCCAGCCACAGCCCCAGCCCCAAACAACCCACCCAAAUCUGCCCCCAACUCUGUCCCCGGGCCCCCCAACCCCGCUCUGGACGGCCCCCCCAAGGCCCCCAACACUGCCCCCAUCGAGAUCCCGCCUGUCCCCCCACCCCCUCCCCAGCUCCCCGACAACACGGGCCCCUCCGCUUAUGGCAACCCUGCGCCAGGUGCUCAGUUCUACAGCAUGAACCGGCCAGCCCAGCAGCAGCCCCAGAACCCCCCCGUGGGCGGCUCCCUCCCGUACCGCCGACCCUCUUCGGUCACCGGGCAACCCAACAACAUGGUCCACAGCCAGAACCAGCUCAACGGAGGCCCACACUUCGCCCAGAAUCAAGGCCCUAUGGCGCCCCCUCCCCCCUCCAUGCAGAUCACUCCACAGCUGCCUCUGAUGGGCUUUGUGGCCCGCGUGCAGGAGACCAUCUCAGACGUGCCCCCUCCGCCCCCGCCCUCAGAUGAGCCGGUGUUCGAGGAGCCCACCCCGCCCCCUCCCCCUCCAGAAGACUAUGAGGAUGAUGAGGAUGAAGAUGAGUCUGCUGUGGUGGAGUACAGCGACCCCUAUGCUGAGGAAGACCCGCCCUGGGCCCCCAGGAGCUACAUGGAGAAAGUGGUGGCAAUCUACGACUACACACGCGACAAGGAGGACGAGCUGUCGUUCCAGGAGGGCGCCAUCAUCUACGUCAUCAAGAAGAACGACGACGGCUGGUACGAGGGCGUCAUGAACGGCACCACGGGCCUGUUCCCCGGCAACUACGUGGAGUCCAUCAUGCACUACGCCGACUGAACAGCGCCCCCUACUUUACCCUAGGUCCCACCCCUACGGCCCAUCGCAGACCACCACUACAAAACAACCAACCCUCUUUUAUUUUUCGUCAAUCUAAAUAAUGUGAGUUUUCGUACUUUUGUGUUCAAGUUUCAGCCACUACCGCAAUUUUUACUUUAUGAUUUCAACCAGUUCUCGUUUUAAAUUGUAUUUAUUUCCGGAGGUGAUAUUGUGAGCAGGUCGAGGCAGCUGAGAGCGGUGCGGUUUGGUGAUUUUUAAAAAGCAGCAACUCUAAAAAAGGGCUGGAGGACAUUGCCUUGUUGUAGAUCUUUUCCAUAACACUCCAUUCUACAGACUUUAUACACACAACGCCUCUAUCAGACAUGUAACAGCGAGGAGGAACAAAAGACAAAUCUUGGUUGGGUACCUCCGCGAGAGCCUCCAACAAAAGCACACGAGAUCUUGGAUGAGCGCGGGUCCAUUUCUCUGAAUCCUUGUAAGCAGUUGAAUGUUGUUUUGUGUCGCGGUGGUGUAAAAAGGUCAAAUACAGUGAACCAAUGAAGGAAGUGGUCUGGCAAAGCGAGACCUGGACCCCAUACUGAACACCUGCAAGGUCCAGCGAGCGUCAGACUGCAUGUUUAAAUGGGAAAUGCAUUUUAUUUUUUGCUCUGAUGGUUAAUGUCUUAAUAUUUUUUUUAAAUAUGGUGUGGUUUGUUUAUUAUUUUUUAAUCUUUCACCCACAUUUAAGCAUUUUUGCUCAUUUCUACAACGCUUGUGCCAUAUUGAAGUGUGAAUAUUUUGCUGUUUGGAGGUGAUCACUUCAUUUGCAAUAAAUUGGCCAGAGUGGGGUAGCUCGGAACUAUGUAAUUAUUUUUACUUUUCCCCC